GAGUCGUUCUCAUCCUCCAUGGCAUAGCUGUGUAAAUAUUCAUUCAUGGUCGUCUAGGGUUGGCUUAUUUAAUCUUGGAUCCGGGUUUUUACUGAACCCUUUACCCUAUGGUUUUCUUUUUUGCUUAUUUAUUUUUCUAUCUCUCACUCUCUUUUGAAAUUAAGAAUUCGAAGGAUUAGGGUUUUUCUAGGGUUCGUGCAAAAGGAAAAACGCUUCAUGUGCAAUCAAGAUGUUUCUUGAAAUGAUGGAAAAUUAUUGGAUGGACAUGUUUAUAUUUCUGAUCCGACACAAAAUGUUUGAAUUUAUAAAUGUAUCGCUUUCUAUUUGCACUUGUAAGCAUACUGCAUACCUGAAUGCGGUUCAGGCACUUCAGAUCACAAAUAUUCAGAUGUUAAUAUAUAUGUGAAAAGUUUAGGUGACAAGGAUAUUGCAUUUCCCAGGAAUUUUUGGUAUUUUUUCCAUUCAAUUGGGUCCCAUGGAAAACAGAGAGUGAGAAAUGCAAAGGCAAUUCUUAGGUGAAAUGGAGAAAAGAGAAGACUCUCAUUCUCUUAAUUUGCCCUAACUAUAAUGUUUGUGGCUGGAAGAUACGUAUUUGUUAUCAAAGUUAUUUGAGUAGAAUAGUUGUUAGUUAUACUGUAAUGGCAUACACUUCAUGAACUGGGUUUGACCUGAGUUCUAAACCCAUCCUUUGGGUAAGUUAGUGAUAUAUAUAUAUAUUUCAAUGCGUAUAGCAUCUCUCGAUGUAAUUCUGAAUUGGUUGCCAAAUGGUCUUUUCUUGCUUCAAAAGGAUUUAUCAUUUUCCCUCCAUCACUUUCUGUUCAAUUCCAUGCAAGGUUCUUAGUUCUAACCAUCUCACUUUCUCCUUGCUGUUUAUGUUGUGUUUCAAGUUUGUCAGAGUGUACUAAUUGUGAGGAAAAUUAGUAUGAAAUCAAGUGUCACAUUGUGUUAAGAGUAGGCAAUCCAACUGCAGUGAGAUUUCUCCUAUGAAUACGACUUGAUUGACAAGCGAUGCGUGUUAUUCUUCAAUGGACCAAAAUUUCAGGACAGUUCCUUUUUUUUGACUCACAGGCAUUGGAUAGUUCUGCUUGUUAUCUGUUAUUCUCCACAAUAAAUGGGAUAGUUUAUAGAUCCCGCUGUAGCCUCACAUAUUCUCUCUCUUAUUGUUGUAAUGGUCUUUAUGGCAUUUGAAACCUAUAAAAAUCCAAAUUCCUUUUAGUAGGUACAAGCAUAUUGUUUCCAUUCCAACUAGUUGGGGCUGAGAACAUCAAGUUAUUUCUGCAUUCUGGUCUUCUAGAGCCGGCUUUCAUGAUUCAUGUUCAUACCAUAAGUUUUACAUUCAUCUUCUACCAGCCACAGUUUUUGUUCUUUGUUUGCUCUUGGGGUCUACUAUGUAACAAUAAGGCAUUAGAUGCGAUAUAAGACAAGUUACAUUAUACCAUUUCUUAUUAAAAAGUAAAACGAAAAAGGAAAAAAAAAAAAAAAAAAAAAGAUAGAGGAAAAAUGGCCUCCUCACUCCUUUCAACCCUCAUCUCCUCUUCUUCCCCACUGGCGCUGAUGACACCCACUCCCUCCUUGUGGACUCCUAGCUCUGCAGACCCUGCACCUAAACAUUUCCUAUUUCCUUGUCACCAUGACCUCAAACUUGAGAGCAAACAUAGAGCUAUCCCGAUGUUUUGCAUCUUCUGGUAGACCCUGUGACCAGAAGGCCUAUGUCACCCAACAGCAUCCAUGCAAAGGCACAGAAAAUUGCUUUUCUAAGAGGUUUUCACUGCUAAGGAUGGCUGCUGGAGAAGUGAGACCAAGAAGACCAAGGAACACUAGCCUUAUAUCCUCAAUGUCAAAGAACAAUUAUGGGGAAAGUGCUGACAUGGCUGAUAGUCUUACAUAUAAGGAUGCUGGUGUUGACAUAGAUGCUGGCUCAGAGCUAGUUAAAAGAAUUGCAAAGAUGGCUCCAGGGAUUGGUGGCUUCGGAGGUCUUUUCCCUCUUGGUGACUCAUACCUUGUUGCUGGUACUGAUGGGGUGGGAACUAAACUGAAGCUUGCAUUUGAAACUGGAAUCCAUGAAACUAUUGGGAUUGAUCUGGUUGCGAUGAGUGUAAAUGACAUAGUUACUUCUGGAGCUAAGCCAUUAUUUUUUCUUGAUUACUUUGCCACAAGCCACCUUGAUGUUGACCUUGCUGAGAAGGUUAUAAAAGGAAUUGUUGAUGGUUGCCAACAAUCUGACUGUGUUCUUCUUGGGGGAGAGACAGCGGAGAUGCCAGAUUUCUAUGCAGAUGGUGAGUAUGACCUCAGUGGUUUUGCAGUUGGUGUGGUAAAAAAGGAUUCAGUUAUUGAUGGGAAAACUAUUGUUCCUGGAGAUGUCCUCAUCGGUCUGCCAUCUAGUGGAGUUCAUUCCAAUGGUUUCUCUCUUGUUAGAAGGGUUCUGUCCAAAAGUGGCCUUUCUCUGAAGGACCAACUUCCUGGUGAAGCUAUUACACUAGGUGAAGCUUUGAUGGCCCCGACUAUUAUUUAUGUUAAGCAGGUGCUUGACUUUAUCAGCAAGGGAGGGGUGAAGGGGAUAGCACACAUCACAGGUGGGGGUUUUACUGACAACAUACCUCGAGUAUUUCCCAAAGGCCUUGGGGCUGUGAUCUAUAAGGACUCCUGGGAAGUCCCAUCCGUAUUCAAAUGGAUCCAAGAGGCUGGCCGAAUAGAGGAUGCUGAGAUGAGGCGGACAUUCAACAUGGGUAUCGGGAUGGUUCUAGUUGUCAGUCCAGAGGCAUCUUCCAGAAUACUUGGAGAUGGAAAUGGAGCUUAUACGGCAUACAAAAUUGGAGAGGUUGCGAGUGAUGAAGGAGUAAGAUAUGGCUGAAAAAAAAAAAAAAACUAAAAAGUAUUAUACCUUGAGAUACUUGUUUUGCAUCUGUUCAAUGAGAUAAAAUAUAAUUUGAGUUGUGGCUCAUCUUUUUGUGAUUCCUCCUGUAACAAGUUUGAUAUUUAAAGUUGUCAGAUGCAAUUGACUGGAUUGAUAAGGCACUGCGGAUUUUGUUGUAAUGUAUAUUGAGUUUGAGUUCCAUGGAGAAGGAAUCAAUUUCAUUGAUGAUUUACAUUUC